AUGGCAGAACAAGAUAAAUACGGCUCGCAUUUCAAUUCAAACCCUACCAAUCCAGUAAAGGAUGGCUCGGGCUCACUCUUUAGUGGCCUGUUCCGUGGUUCUGGAGCUGAGCAGGACCGUCACGACUCCCAUUUCGGUAUUGGAGAAGACAAUGUAAGAAAUGCAGCUUCAAAGCUCGACACUUCGAAAUUUGGCUCUGGAGCUGAACAAGACCGCCAUGCCUCGCAUUUCAGUCUGGGAGAAGACAAUCCAGACCCAAACAACCCAAUUGACCCAUCCACCGUGGGUAUCUUUCGAUCAACUCUCCUCCCAUCAAUUGGUUUCCAUUCUGGUCUUGCUGUCGUUGCAUAUGCUGCCUCUCGAGCUACGGAUCGUGUUGAAGGAAAGGAUUGGCUUUGGCCAUCUGGACAGAUUCUUAAUGCAUGGUGGGUUGCUGUCGGAUAUCGAGUCGUGAACGAGGGUAUUUCGCCUGCUACAGCAUAUUCUCAUCUGGCAUACACUGAGAAACUUCUCCUCACUGGUGUAACUGCUUGGGGAGCUCGACUCUUCUAUAAGAUCGCAUCACGAAGCUAUACCAGAGAAGGGGACGAUCCAAGGUACGAGGAAGCCAAAAAAGAGGAAGGCUUCUGGAACAAAGCUUUCUUCUCGCUCUUCUUACCCGAAGCCCUCUGUCAAGCUGUCAUUUCUCUGCCGUUCACGCUUCCAUUCCGUGCUAUCGACGCCAGUGCCUUUGCAUCUCCGUUGCAUGUUCAUCCUGAAUAUACGCAUGGUCUUGCCGUAGCCAUGUUCAGUACUGGAUUCGCGAUGGAAGUUCUUGCCGAUAUUCAACUAGCCGCUCAAAAGAAGGAGAAACCCGAUGAUCUGAAUCGUGAAGGUGUCUGGAGCAUUGUCAGACAUCCAAAUUAUCUUGGUGAUGCCCUCGUCCAUGCCUCCUUCCCUCUCCUUCUAUGGUCUGCUGGUAUCAUGCAUCCACUUGCACUUCUCGGUCCCGUUGCAAAUUAUGCUUUCCUUCGGUUUGCUGGUGGCGAUGCCGAAAAUGAGACAUCUCAAGAACAACGUUAUGUCAAGGAAAGCCAGAAGAAACAUGGGCAACUUUUGGAGUAUAAGCGCACAAAGAACAGCUUCUGGCCGAAGCCUGAGGAAAUCAGUAAUCCAUGGACUUGGACUGUCAUGGGUGCUGGUGUUGUUGGUUUAGUUCUCGAGAAGGGUGUCAGAAGUUAUCUUCAUCGUUGA